UUCAAACAUCUGUGCUGCUUUCGAUGAAUCGAAAGCAACACUGAAAAUAUUUAUUCUCGAUAUAUAUUUUUGGCAAGUGCUGCCACCUAACCAUUUUUGCGCGCCAACUUUGAAAACAGCAAGUUCACAAAAAGCGCAAGAUGGAUAAACAAAACCCCAAUAGGAAUAUACCUAGUUUCACGUCUGUUUGCGGCGCUCGCCGCAUCUGCAGCAAAUCCAAGAUGUUAUACACACGCCCCAAACCGGAUGUACUUCAAAGCAUAUUGCAAUCCAAGGCGAACUCGGAAUAUAAAUCGCGCCGGUUGUGGUAUGAACUCAAUAUGCCAGAAUGCGCUAGUCAUCUAUUUGAUGGCCAAAUGCUGUCCGAUCUGCCCGAAAGUUUGACCUGUGGAAAAUCGCGAACGCGUCGAAGGCAUUCCGAUAAACCAGACGAUGGUGAGUCCAGGAGUAAGGGCACAUCAAAUUAUAUGGUCAUGCGGCAGGAGCGUGAGCAUUUCCGUGCCAAGCUCGUCGAGCUGAUAUUGCACAUGGAAGACAAUCCAGAUCCCACAGCGGAGAAGAUAGAUACCUUUCCCGAUCAAGGCGAGCGCGAAGUCCUUCGCUAUUAUUACUACAUUAAGCAUGGCAUUGACACCAUUCAUGUGUCCACCAUUAGCAAAAAGACCCUCAAGAGGAUAAAUAAUCUAGUGCCGGCCCUAUUAAAAAAAUGGGAUUCAGCAUUUGUUGAGAACAUUGCCGAGGUGCGUUCCGAUUAUGUGUUUGCCAUGAAGAAGGCUGUCGUAGAUUUUGUUCUCCGCCACUCGGUACUGGACCGACUGACCCAGGAGGGUGCACCAGCUAAGUUCGAAACGGCAGAACGUCGGGAAAUUGAAAAGUUGAUGAACCAUUGGCGCUAUCGUUACGAUGAGAAUCGCAAUCGCCUCAAGACGACACUGUUUUCUAUCCAUCGGAGCGUUGCCAGCAUUCUGGAAGUAUGGAGCAUGAAGUACAGCACCAAGACCUUGGUCAAUAUCGAGGAGCUUAGCAAGAUCGAAGAGCCGUUCACCCUAUUCAAUUUUGUCUAUCUGUGUGGCGCCCAAAUAGACAGCGGCAAGACCAUGCUGGAGGAUGUCUGGUAUGGUGAGAUACACACGACACUGCUGAGGGCCAGUAAACGUGGCCAAUUGCCGGAUAUACGGCGCAUGACAUUGGUCAAGCGCUUCUUCAAUUGUGUUGCCGCUUUGAUGACCCAACAACUGGAGGAUAUUUGCAUACGCAGCCUCAAAGCAUUCGCCGAUUAUGUUUGUGAUUUUGGUAAAUCGAAUCCCGGCUUUGAAAUCUCCUGUAUAUUGGCCGAGGAGGAUACGAUUACAUUUAAUCCGGGCUUCUCGAAAAUUCAAAGCGAACUGUUGCGCGUCAUUGAUUCGAUUGUGCAUUCUGUGCAAAUAAUGCCACGCAUCGAGGGUAAACUGUACACGGAUCUCAAGAUCUCCAAGAAGCUCUUCCUGACGCCCACUGUGCCGGAUAGCAUUGUGGCCGAUACAAAGAACAGGAUAUGUAUGAUGCUGGAGGAGCAGCGCAUUGGACCAGAGCUGCGUCUACAGGACUUUGAUGCAUUCAUUGAUCUGAUUAAUGGCGUGGAUUCGGAACGCUGUGGUCGCUUCAUGGAGAGCGACGCCUCGUUUGACCAGUAUACGGAAAUGGUUUACGAGUACAGGGAGAAGGAAGAUCGCAUUGCGAAAGAGGUGUGGGGCAUUAUACGCAUGGGCCUCUAUGAGUUUCAUCGGGACAGUUUCAUCACACAUCUGGAGCAGUUGGCUAGGCAAUUGCAAUCGGAUCUGCUAGCUCGCAUGGUGGCCGAUCAGCAGACGCGUAUCUCGCGGCUGGGCAAGGAGUACGAUAUGAUUGCGAAGAAGGCGUUAACCGUGCCCAAGGACACGGCCGAACUAAUGGAGCUCAAGGCAUAUGUUGUGCAUGCCGAGGAGAAUUUAGUGCCCGAAAUGGAGGCGCGUCUGAAGAUCAACAUGAAUGAAAUACUAUGGCUAAUGGAUCAGACACUCUACUCGCCGCUGGAGAUUAAGAAUAAUAGCAACACCUUUCAAUGGUAUUUGAAACUGGCCUCGGUGUUUGAUCAACAUCGCCUUAUCAUUGCCGAAAAGAUGAUCGAGUACCAGGAGCUGCUCAAGAAGCGCAUCGAGAUGUUCCGUCGCGAGCUGCAGAACUAUUACGACCAGGUCCAGCUUUACGAUACUUGGGGCGAUAUCAAACAGCUGUCCAAGUAUAAGAAACGUGCCGCUUUGCUGGAUCAGCGGCUGGUAAAUGCCAUGGAGACCAUCGAUCAGAUAAAUGAGGAGGAGACCGCCUACGGUUGGGAUCUGUCGCAAUAUCCGGUGCGAAAGAAGGCGCACGAUCAGCUAAAGCCCUAUAAAAAUCUUUUUGAUGCCGGUCAGGACUUUAUUGACAAGUGGGAGCUGUGGAUGUACUCGCAAGUCGGUUCCUUUGAUCCGGAUGAGAUUGAUCAGGAUGUGGCCAACUUUUAUCGCAUCAUCCAGAAGCUGGAGAAGCAAAUGGGCGAACAUCCCACUACCAUGCAGCUCAUAUUGGAUGUGAAGGAGCAAAUUGAGCUCUUCCGCGGACAUAUGCCUAUCAUUAACACCCUGGGCAAUCCGGGCAUGAAGGCGCGCCAUUGGGAACAAGUAUCCGAAAUAAUUGGCUUCCCCAUCAAGGUGUCGCCCGAGCUGACGCUGGAGAAGAUCAUCGAAUAUCAGCUGGAUGAGUAUGUGCCCAAAUUUGAGGCUAUUUCGGAGAGCGCCACCAAGGAGAACAAUCUCGAAAAGGCCAUGGUCAAAAUGGCCAACGAAUGGGAGGGCGUCGAGUUCUCCAUAUCGCCAUACAGGGAUUCUGGUACCUUCAAGCUGUCUGCCGUGGAUGACAUACAAAUACUGCUGGACGAUCAAAUCAUCAAGACGCAGACAAUGAAGAGUUCACCCUACAUCAAGCCAUUCGAGGCGGACAUACUCAAGUGGGAGGCGAAGCUUAUGCUGUUGCAGGAAAUUCUGGACGAAUGGCUGCGCGUGCAGGCCACCUGGAUGUAUUUGGAGCCUAUAUUCAGCAGUCCAGAUAUUCAGCAACAAAUGCCCGAGGAGGGACGUCGCUUCAGUGCGGUGGAUAAGAUUUGGAAGGAGCUGAUGAAGCAGGUGGCCUCGGAUCCGCGUGUGCUGACCGUCGUUCAAAUUGACAAGAUGAACGACAAAUUGAAGAAGGCGUACUUUUUGCUGGAGAUCAUCCAGAAGGGUCUCAAUGCUUAUUUGGAGAAGAAGCGCUUGUACUUCCCACGCUUCUUCUUUCUGUCCAAUGAUGAACUGCUCGAGAUUCUGUCGGAAACGAAGGAUCCGACACGCGUACAGCCGCAUCUCAAAAAGUGCUUCGAGGGCAUGAGCACGCUCAACUUCAACGAGGAACUGGAGGUUAUCGCCAUGCGCUCCUCGGAGCGUGAAGAGGUCAUUCUGGCGGAUGUCAUAUCCACGGCCAAGGCGCGUGGCCAGGUGGAGAAAUGGCUGCUGGAGCUUGAAAUCGACAUGAAAAAAAGUGUUCAUCAAAAGAUAUCCGAAGCCUUCUACAGCUACGUUAAGAUGCAGCGCAGCAUUUGGGUACUCACAUGGCCGGGUCAGACUGUGCAGUCCAUAUCGUUGACCUAUUGGACACUGGAGAUAACCGAAUGCUUUGUCAGCGAAACGCCCAAAGAGAAUCUGGCCAAGUAUCUGCAAAAGUGCAUGAAUCAAAUUAUGAAAAUUGUCGAUCUGGUGCGCGGUGAUCUCAACACACAGAAUCGCAUAACAUUGGGCGCCUUGGUCGUACUGGAUGUCCAUGCACGCGAUGUGCUUGCCGAAAUUGUGGCCAAGGAGGUGGAAGACCUGCAGGACUUUCAGUGGUUAUGCCAGCUGCGCUAUUACUGGGAGGACAACAACCUGGAUACGCGCAUGAUCAACUGCUCCCUGCCCUAUGGCUAUGAGUAUCUGGGCAAUACGACACGACUGGUGGUCACUCCGCUGACAGAUCGUUGCUAUCGCACGCUGUUUGCCGCCCUGAAUUUGCAUUUGGGCGGCGCACCGGAGGGGCCGGCUGGCACUGGCAAAACGGAGACUACCAAAGAUUUGGCCAAGGCCGUCGCCAAGCAGUGUGUCGUAUUCAAUUGCUCCGACGGCUUGGAUUAUCUGGCGCUGGGCAAAUUCUUUAAGGGAUUGGCUUCAUGCGGCGCCUGGUCCUGCUUUGAUGAGUUCAAUCGUAUUGAUCUGGAGGUGUUGUCUGUGGUCGCACAACAGAUUCUCACCAUACAGCGUGGCAUUAACUCGGGCUUACCCACAUUGGUGUUUGAGGGCACAACCUUAACGCUGGAUCCCACUUGUGCGGUCUUCAUCACAAUGAAUCCCGGCUAUGCGGGACGAUCCGAGUUGCCUGAUAAUCUAAAGGCUCUCUUCCGCUCUGUGGCUAUGAUGGUGCCGGAUUAUGCCUUAAUUUCCGAAAUUGAACUUUACUCGUAUGGUUUCCUAACGGCCAAGCCGCUUUCUGUCAAGAUUGUGGCCACGUAUCGCCUGUGCUCGGAACAGCUUAGUACCCAGUGCCAUUAUGAUUAUGGUAUGCGAGCUGUCAAAUCUGUGCUGAAGGCGGCGGGCGCCUUGAAGUUGCGCUAUCGCGAUGAGAAUGAGGAUAUACUGGUGUUGCGCUCCAUUAAGGAUGUCAAUUUGCCCAAGUUCUUGAAUCAGGAUAUACCGCUAUUCCAGGGCAUUACCUCCGAUCUGUUCCCGGGCGUCACACUGCCUGAGGCGGACUACGUGCUCUUCAAUGAGUGCACGCAAAUGGCCUGCGAAAGGCAGAACAAACAAUGCACACCGUUUGUCCUGGAGAAGGUGCAACAGCUCUACGAGAUGAUUGUGGUGCGUCAUGGUCUGAUGCUGGUGGGUUAUCCAUUUGGCGGCAAGAGCACAACCUAUCGCGUACUUGCCGAGGCGCUGGAGUGCAUGGAGAAAAAGGAUGGCUCCGAAAAUGGUGCUAUAUACACUAUAAUCAAUCCGAAGGCCAUAACCAUGGGCCAGCUUUAUGGCCAAUUCGAUGCCGUUUCUCAUGAGUGGAGCGAUGGCAUUUUGGCUGUCAAUUAUCGCAUCUUUGCCGUCUCCGAUACGCCCGAUCGCAAGUGGCUAAUAUUUGAUGGGCCCGUGGAUGCCAUUUGGAUUGAGAACAUGAACACUGUGCUGGAUGAUAAUAAGAAAUUGUGCCUUAUGUCCGGUGAGAUUAUACAGCUCUCGAAUACCACGAAUCUCAUAUUUGAGCCUAUGGAUCUGGAGGUGGCCUCACCGGCUACCGUUUCGCGUUGCGGCAUGAUCUAUUUGGAGCCCAGCUCGCUGGGCUGGGAACCGCUGGUGACCUCCUGGAAGAAUACUCUGCCCGCUGCUUUUCACAGCGUAAGCAAACAUCUGAUCUCAUCGAUGAUUUCACGUUUCUGCCCGCUGCUGUUGCACGUGGUGCGCAAGGGCUUGCGCGAAAUUGCCCCCACCUCGGACACCAAUCUGAUGGUUAGUCUGAUGAAUUUCUUUGAGUGCUACAUUGAUGAUUUCCGUGACGAGAAAUAUGUGGCAAACAUAUCUGAUUUGGAUUUUCGCGCACAAACCGAAGGCAUUUUCCUAUUCUCAGCGAUUUGGUCACUUGGCGGUUCCCUAACCGCCGAGAGCCGGGACAAAUUUAAUAUAGUCUUUCGUGCGCUUAUGGAGAAGACCUUUCCACAGAGCCUAUAUGAUGCCUAUGGCGUUACAGAGGAUUUAUAUGUAGAGCCGCUGGCGAAACCUUUCAUAUUUCCCAUACCCAAACAUGGUUCAGUCUUUGACUAUCGCUACAUAAAGGAGGGCAAAGGCAAAUGGAAGCCCUGGCAGGAUGAUGUCAAUUCCGCACCACCGCUGCCACGCGACAUACCAGUUAAUCAGAUUAUCAUACAGACGAACGAGAGUGUGCGCAUUGCAGCCGUCCUGGAUCUGUUGGUGCGACAUGGCAAGCCGCUGAUGCUGGUGGGACCCACGGGCACCGGCAAGAGUGUCUAUGUGAUAGAUUAUAUGCUAAAGAAAAUGGAUUUGAGUGUGUACAAGCCACUGUUGAUCAGUUUCUCGGCACAGACAUCGGCUAAUCAGACGCAGGACAUAAUCAUGUCCAAGCUGGACAAGCGACGCAAGGGCGUCUUUGGGCCACCUCUAAAUAGUCGCUUUGUCAUCUUUGUAGAUGAUGUUUCCAUGCCACUGAAGGAGAACUAUGGCGCCCAGCCGCCGAUUGAAUUGCUGCGCAUGAUGCUGGAUCAUAUGAUGUGGUACGAUCGCAAGAAUAUUGUGCCCAUGAAAUUGAUUGAUUUGCAAAUGAUUACCGCUAUGGGUCCACCGGCGACGGGCAAUACGGUGACGCCACGCUUUCAGCGUUUCUUUAAUGUGGUAUCCAUCGAUGAUUUCAAUGAUGAUAUUAUGACCACCAUCUUUGGCAAAAUUGUGCUCUGGCAUUUGGAUGCGCGCGGCUUCUCGAAGGAGUUUGAUCCGUGCAUCGAUGAGAUUGUCAAUGCCACAUUGAGCGUCUACAAUGAUGCCAAGCUGAAUCUUUUGCCCACACCAGCUAAAUCGCAUUAUCUGUUCAAUUUGCGUGACUUUUCGCGUGUUAUACAAGGUGUUCUUCUUUCGGUGCCGGAGGCCACGGAGGAUAUGAACUCGAUGCGUAGGCUGUGGGUGCAUGAGGUUUUGCGCGUCUACGGCGAUCGUUUGGUCGAGGAUGCGGAUCGUACCUGGCUAUUUGGGAAACUAUGCGCCACUGUGCAGGAUUGCUUUAAUCUCGAUGCGUCGCGUCUGUUUGCACGCUUUGUGGGUCAGGGCAAAAAACUGGAAGAGUCCGAUUUCCGACAAUUGAUCUAUUGCGAUUUUACCAAUCCGAAAGCGGAUACCAAGAACUAUGUUGAGGUGCAGGAUGUCGAGGAGUUGCGCGUCGUUGUGGAGGCCUAUCUAGUUGAAUAUAAUAAUAUGUCCAAGAAACCAAUGAAUCUGGUACUUUUCCGCUUUGCCAUCGAACAUUUAUCGCGCAUAUGUCGCAUCAUAAAGCAGCCACGUAGUCAUGCUCUGCUCAUCGGUGUCGGCGGCUCCGGGCGUCAGAGCUUGACUCGUUUGGCUUCGCAUAUAUGCGACUAUGAGCUCUUUCAAGUGGAAAUAACUCGAUUGUAUGGUCCGUAUGAGUAUCAUGAGGAUAUCAAAUCCAUAUUACGUAAAAUUGGUGCCUCUGAAAUGCACGGCGUUUUCCUCUUUACGGACGUUCAGAUCAAAGACGAAUCUUUCCUGGAGGAUAUCAACAAUCUGUUAAACUCCGGCGAGGUGCCCAAUCUGUUCUCCAACGAGGAGAAAAUCGAGGUGGUCGAAAAGAUGGCACAAAUCGACAAACAGCGCGACAAGGCCGUACAAACUGAUGGCAGUCCCGUUGCCCUAUUUAACUUUUUCGUUACGACGUGCAAGGAUCAACUUCACAUUGUCCUGGCCAUGUCGCCGAUUGGCGAUGCCCUGCGUAAUCGUAUACGGAAAUUCCCCUCGAUUGUCAAUUGUUGUACGAUUGAUUGGUUCCAACCCUGGCCGGAGGAUGCUCUGCUCGCGGUAUCCACACGUUUCCUGGCCGCCGAGGAGCUGACUGCCCUGGAGCGCAAAACAGCCAUCGAUAUGUGCAUGGAGUUCCAUACAUCCACACAGGAGCUGUCGGCCAAGUUCUUUAGACGACUGCAUCGCUAUAAUUAUGUGACGCCUACAUCCUAUCUGGAACUGAUACAGACCUUUAAGGCAUUGCUUAGCCAAAAGAGAAACAAUAUAACCAUGAAUCGGAAUCGCUAUUUGACGGGCAUCUCGCAGCUGGAUAUUGCCGCACAGCAGGUGGCCGUCAUGCAGGAGCAGUUGCAGGCACUGGAGCCAAAGCUAAAGGAGGCCUCCGAGAUUGUAGCCGAGCAGGUGGCCAAGGUGACGGCGGACAGUAAAAUUGCCGCCGAGCAGCGGGAAAUGGUCAAAGAGGAUGAGCAGGCGGCCAAGGUGCAGGCAGCUGUUGCCCAAGAGAUCAAAGAUGAAUGCGAUGCCAAAUUGGGCGAGGCGUUGCCCAUUCUGGAGGCCGCCCUAUCAGCCUUGAACACACUGACCACCGCUGAUAUUGCUGUGGUGAAGACCAUGAAGAGUCCGCCAAUUGGAGUGCGCAUCGUUAUGGAAGCCGUUUGCAUUCUGAAGGAUAUGAAGCCCGACAAGGUGCCAAAUCCGAGUGGUCUGGGCACUGUCGAGGAUUACUGGGGUCCGUCAAAGCGUGUGCUCAGCGACAUGAAGUUCCUGGACAGCUUGCUCAACUUUGACAAGGACAACAUACCGCCGGAGGUCAUGAAGAAAUUGCAACAGCGCAUUCUCACCAAUGAGGCCUUCGAUCCCGAAAAGAUCAAGAUGGCAUCCACGGCUUGUGAAGGUCUCUGCCGCUGGGUCAUUGCUCUGUCCAAAUACGAUGUCGUUGCCAAAGUUGUGGCGCCCAAGAAAAUUGCCUUGGCUGCAGCCGAGGCCGACUACAAUGCGGCCAUGAAACUGCUCAACGAAAAAUUGGCCCAACUGGCCCGCGUCGAAGCGAAUCUGGCGGCCAUUCAAAAGAUUCUCGACGAACAGUUGCGACAAUAUGGUAUUCUUCUGUCGGAGCAUGAAGCUUGUACAAAGAAAUUGCAGCGUGCCCAGGAGCUCAUCUCUGGCUUGGGCGGCGAGCGGACGCGUUGGUCCGAAACGGCCAAAAUGCUGCAGGGGAGCUUUAAGAGUGUAACGGGCGAUGUGCUCAUUUCGUCAGGUGUCGUUUCCUAUUUGGGACCAUUCACCAUUGAUUUCCGUGUUACGCAAAUUCGUAAAUGGGUUGUGAAGUGUCUGGAUUAUGGAGUUACCUGCUCGCCGGACUUUCAGUUGGCCAUUGUUUUGGGCGAACCGGUCGAGAUUCGUUUCUGGAAUAUAUGCGGAUUGCCCACGGAUGCAUUUUCCGUUGAGAGCGCCAUCAUGAUGAAGAAUGCGCGCCGCUGGCCGCUGAUGAUUGAUCCGCAGGGACAGGCCAAUAAAUGGAUUAAGAAUUAUGAGAAGAACAACAAGUUGUGCGUUAUACGAUUGAAUCAGGCGGAUUAUACGCGUGUGCUGGAGAAUGCCAUACAAUUUGGUUUGCCCGUGCUGCUGGAAAACAUUGGCGAGGAGCUGGAUCCCAUACUGGAGGCCAUAUUGCUGAAGCAACUGUUCAAACAGGGCGGCACCAUGUGCAUUAAGCUGGGCGAUUCGGUUAUUGAGUAUAACUAUAGCUUCAGAUUCUAUAUGACAACCAAACUAAGAAAUCCCCACUAUUUGCCCGAGGUGGCGGUCAAGGUGACCUUAUUGAAUUUCAUGAUCACCACGCAGGGCUUACAGGAUCAAUUGCUGGGCAUAACCGUGGCUCGAGAACGACCCGAUUUGGAGGCGGAAAAGAAUAAUCUCAUCGUACAGGGCGCUGAGAACAAGCGUAUGCUGAAAGAGACCGAAGAUCAGAUAUUGGAGGUGCUCUCCUCGGCCGAGAAUAUAUUGGAGGAUGAAACUGCGGUCCAAAUAUUGAGCUCAGCCAAAGCUCUGGCCAAUGAUAUUAGCGAGAAGCAGAUUAUUACGGAGGCCACCGAAAAACAGAUCGAUUUGGCGCGUCUCAGCUAUGUGCCCAUAGCGGAACACUCCACAAUUCUGUUCUUUACCAUAGUGGAUCUGGCCAAUAUUGAUCCCAUGUAUCAGUACAGUUUGGUUUGGUUUGUCAAUUUGUACAUGUCCUCCAUUGAUAAUACGGAAAAGGUCGAUGAUAUCGAGGCACGUCUAAAGGACUUGCGCAAUCAUUUCACCUAUAGCCUGUACGUCAACAUCUGCCGCAGUCUCUUCGAGCGUGAUAAGCUCUUGUUCUCCCUCAUAUUGAACAUCAAUCUGAUGAAGCAUGAAAAUUUGAUUGACAAUGCUGAAUGGAUGUUCCUGCUAACUGGCGGAAUUGGCCUCGAGAAUCCGUAUAAAAAUCCAGCUGCCUGGCUGGGCGUACAAAAUUGGGAUGAAUGCUGCCGUUUAACGAGUCUUUCAGCCUUUAAAGGACUACGCGAAGAUUUCACCGACAAUUCGGCCGCUUGGAAGAUGUUCUUUGACUCGAAAACACCGCAGGACAAUAAGGACAUACCAAGUGCGUGGUCAAAGCGCUUAAGCGUAUUCCAGCAAUUGUUGCUGCUGCGCGUCUUUCGGCCGGAUAAACUGGUGCCAGCUGUCCUGAACUUUGUGGCCGGUGAGCUGGGUCAACGAUUCGUGGAUCCGCCGCAAUUCGAUUUGAUGGCCUCAUUUGGCGAUUCCCAUUGCUGUGUGCCCUUGAUAUUUAUAUUGACACCCGGCUCGGAUCCGACGGCCACGCUGUUGAAAUUUGCCGAGGAUCAGGGCUUUGGCACGAAUCGUUUGUUCUCCUUGUCGCUGGGCCAGGGACAGGGUCCCAUUGCCAUUAAGAUGAUCGAUGAGGGCGUCAAGCUGGGCAAUUGGGUGGUCCUACAGAACUGUCAUUUGGCCGCAAGUUUUAUGCCAUCACUGGAGAAGGUCUGCGAGAAUUUGCUGCCCGAUUCAACGCAUCCAGAUUUUCGACUGUGGCUCACCUCAUAUCCGGCCGAGCAUUUUCCGGUUGUGGUGCUGCAGAAUGGCAUCAAAAUGACCAAUGAACCGCCCAAAGGUUUGCGGUCCAAUAUAACGCGCUCCAUGCUCAGCGAUCCGAUUAGCGAUCUGGAGUGGUACGAGUCCUGCACACAGCCGCGCGUCUUCAAGCAGCUGAUCUACUCGCUGUGCUUCUUCCAUGCCGUCAUCCAGGAGCGUCGCUACUUUGGUCCCAUUGGCUGGAAUAUACCCUACGAGUUCAACGAGACGGAUCUGCGCAUCUCCUUGAUGCAGUUGCGCAUGUUCCUCAACCAGUACGAGACGGUCAAUUAUGAUGCCUUACGCUAUCUUACCGGCGAGUGUAAUUAUGGUGGACGUGUCACCGACGACUGGGAUCGUCGCACUUUGAAGACUAUACUGGAUCGCUUCUAUUGCCCGGCUGUAAUUGAUUUGGAGAAACCCUACUAUUUGGAUGAGACGGGCUACUAUUAUGUGCCCGUGUUCAAGGAUGUCGAAUUAUAUCUAACUUUUACGCGCGAAUUGCCGCAAAUAUCGCCACCCUCCAUCUUUGGCUUCCAUGCGAAUGCGGAUAUUAUGAAGGAUCAACAGGAAACGGAUAUGUUGCUCUCACACACACUAUUGACACAGAGACUGGAGAAAACCCAAAGAGUUUAUGUAGAUGUGCUGUCGCGACGCUUUCCCGAAAACCUAUCCCUACCCAAUUAUCCAACCUGUCCACCCUACCUUGCACUCUACCAAAUGCCAUUGAAGGACACAAGCGGCUCCCAGGACGACAGCGGGGGUACCAAGGCGCUGACGCCCGAGGAGGUGGUGACCAAUGUGGCCACCGAUAUCUUGGACAAGCUGCCCAAACUGUUCGACCGGGAGGCGGCACUCCUACGCUAUCCGACCAAAUAUCAUCAGAGCAUGAAUACGGUGCUGGUGCAGGAAAUGGUGCGAUUCAAUGUCCUGCUAAAUACAAUACGCACCAGCUUGAUAACGCUCAAAAAGGGUAUCAAGGGUCUGGUGGUCAUGUCCGCUGCCGUCGAGGCGGUCUACAAGUCUGUGCUGAUUGCCAAAAUACCCGCCAUGUGGGCCAGCAAGUCCUACCCCAGCCUAAAGCCACUUGGCAGCUAUGUGGCGGACUUUUUGCGACGUCUGGAAUUCCUGCAGCACUGGUACGACCAUGGCGCACCUUCGACCUUCUGGCUAUCGGGUUUCUUUUUUACCCAGGCUUUCCUUACCGGCGCCCAGCAGAAUUAUGCGCGUAAAUAUGUCAUUUCCAUAGAUCUGUUGGCCUUUGACUAUGAGGUCCUGUCGCUGGAGGAGACAGAUAUCAAAGGGCUGUCUGCGCCUGCCGAUGGAGUUUUUGUCUAUGGCAUCUAUUUGGAGGGCGCUUGCUGGGAUCGCAAGAACAAAUAUAUGGCCGAAUCGCGUCCACGCAUGCUCUUCGACACAAUGCCACUGAUUUGGUUGAGGCCACUGAAGCGCUCCGAUCUGCCCGAGCGGCACAAUUAUUUGUGUCCACUCUACAAGACUGCCGAGCGACGCGGCAUUCUGUCCACCACCGGACACAGUACCAAUUUUGUGGUGGCCAUGCUGCUGGACUGUAAUCCAAAUACACCCAUCGCCCAUUGGAUCAUACGCGGCACGGCGCUUCUCUGCCAAUUGAGCUUCUAAAUUGCGCGGACUUUCAAGCAGGUUCGGUAUAUAUGUACUCUAUAUAUUCUCUGUAUACCAUUUAAGCUUGUGUGUGUGUAAAAGUAAAUUGUCAGCAAUGCUGCAGACGGUCAGCAAUCUGCUCAGACGUGUAUUAAAACUGUGAAAAGUUAAA